AUGCCUCCGCCAAAAAUCCAGGCUUUCCCGCCCCCUCCACAGACCCCAACCCCUCCCCCAUCCUUGACGCCGCCGGACGCUCGCUGGACCAUCACUUAUAGCCAACAGGUACCCAAAACGAACAAGCUGCAAAAACCAGCUCCGACCAAGAUAUUCACAGGCACUUCUCCGGUUUCGACGACCAAUCUGCUCUUUACAGCACACUCGAUAAAAUUCGAAAGCAGUGGUCAUUUCUCCGGAGUGGCGUACUCGGGCCUGAGAGGACAGGGAGAGCCCAGAACGCUUCGAGACGGGGGAACUAUCAUUGGGACGUUCCUAUCCUUUUCAGUGUCCCCAAAGGGGUUACAGAGACCGCAAACGGUGGCAGGCGGCGGCCGGGGUCCUGCCCAAGGUCUCCUCGACUUUGACCCGGAGGAAGGCCUGGGCGAUGACGAGACGCCAGAAGAACAGGCGCAGAGAGAGCAGGAGGAGCAGGCGCAGCAUGCCGUAAACCAACACCUCGCGAGCGUGCUCGAGGCCCAAGGUCUGAAGCCUCCUGCCCUUCCUCGAGAUCCCUCCGAUCAACCACGAUUCGACAGAGAGGCCAGACAGCUCAUGGCAGCGCACGGGAUUCCGGAUCUGCCGCCGCUCACUACCCAGGACAAACUCAACCUCGCUUACGAGCAGCAACUUCUACAAGCAGCCAUUGCGCACGGUGGCCAGAGCCACGGCCCCUCCUCAUCCUCUCAAACGGCCCAUCCGACUUCUCGAAUGGCCCAUCCAACUUCUCCAGCUGCCCAUCCGACUUCUAACAUUGCCCAACCCAUAUCUCGAGUUGCCCAACCCCCACUUCACGGUGGCCAAGGUCAACCCGCGAAUUUGGGGGAAGAGGAGGAAGAAGAGGAGGAAGAGGAAGACCAGGGGCAGUACGAAGGCGAUGAAUAUGAUGAAGAGGACGAGGGCGGGUAUCACGAGGAUUUCGACGACAUGUAUGCUGGCCCGGACGAAGAUGGAUACUAUCACGCAAUCUAG